AUGGGGAAAAAAUCAAGGAAAAGAAUAAUCGAACCAACCGGUGGCCAUUGGCCACCAGAAUUGUUCGAAAAGGUUUUCAAUAACCUUCAAGAGCUAUCUGGAGUGACUUCUUUGACAGAUAUAAUGAAAGCUCUGUCUGCCCUCAGCGGAACAGAGCAUUCAAUUGCUGUCUCAAAAAUAUGCAACAAAAUUCUUUUCAUUGACCUCACUGGAGCCGAAAAUCUAGAAGAGCUCUCACAUAUAUCUCGAUGUGUUAGUCAAAUUUCCUGCAAGUCUAACAUGGUGCAGACUGACUAUAUUCAGCUUACAAACGUACUUGAGACGUCAAGUGCAAAUAAAAAAGUCCUUGUUAUCGAUAAUGAUGUUGACGUUUUUGCUAUAGAGAAAAGCUUGAAAAGUUGCACCGACCUGAUAUUUUGCUGUGAUAGCUCAACUUCGUUAGAACGUGGACCUGUUAAAGAGCUGAUAUCUGUAAUCGCAAGAGUAGCAAAAGAUACAGACACAGACCCGAAACAUUUGAUACUAGACUUUCCUAAAGCUUCUUUAACAUUCAAGAGUCAAACCUGGUUAGGAAUAUUCGAUCAUAAAUUGGUCAGUGGUUUGUGUGAAUAUAAUGGUUCUAUACCCAUAUCGAUACCAAACGUGAAACAAAUAAACUUUCUCCAAAAAACGCUCGAUAAUAUAUUGAGAGAUAUUUUAACGAGCGCUAAACGUGUAGAAAAAUGCGAUUGCUAUGAUUGCCGCAAUGGAUAUGGGAGUUCUAGGAGCAAUCAUAGCCGCCAAUUAACUCACUACGAUAAGGAAAUUGUUACACAGCAACUUGACCGCUGGCUCAAUAAAUUGUAUUUUUAUUUGCCUGAUGUUAGCCAAAUAUAUUUUUUGGAAGGUUUCUCAGUUCAGACUUGCAACUUCGUUAACUUUUCAGUUGGGAGGCUCGAACUUCUCAAGCUAUGCGAAGCUAAAAUUGAAGAUGUAUUUCGAUUCUAUUCGUUGGCUAAUUGUAAUUUGCCACAGCUUGAAUAUUUUGCUGGGCAUUCUUUCGAUUUUUUGAAUGGGAGUCCUAAAGAUACUUUGAACCUAAGAAAAUCGAUUCAACUCUUAGCAGAAAUUUCAUCAAAAGUAAGAAGUAAUGGUGCCAUCACAACAUGUGAACUGGAAUUGUUCCCGAAGAGUACCAAAAGAAGUCGAAUCGUGAACUGGAUUGUUGAUGAAUUCAGUACUACCACUAACAGAGGAGUUAUAAAGUCGAGUGGUCAGGAAUAUAGUGAAUAUCUAGUGCCACGGUUUGAAAUUAGCAUGGAAUCUUUGGAAGUUUUGGAACUUAAACCAUUAGUUUUAGAGGAAAUGUCAGCAAUAAGCAUCAGGGGAUUCUAUCUCCCAAACUUGAAGCAGCUUUCUAUUAUUGGCGACGAUGCGAUAAGAGGAGAGCUCAAAUCGGAUAAAUUGUAUUUGGACGCUGAUAGAUUCCAAUCACCAGUUAGGGUUGGAACUUCUGCAACCCCAGAAAAAAGUGGUGAUUUUAUGUCAUGGUCACAAAUCAAUACUCUGAAUGACCUGGGAUUCAACCUGAUGAAUCCUAUUAUGUUUUCCACUUCGAAUAAUUUCUCGAAUUGUAAGAAACUUCAAGUCUUGGCUUGUGAAGCAAAGAGGCCUGAUUAUUUGUUUAAUGUGAGGAAUUUAAAGGAAGUCUUGCCCAAUCUCGAUCUGCAAGCGAGUUUCUCAUCAUUUGUGGAUGAGAAGCAGAUUGUAAUUUUGAUAUAG